AUGUCCGCCUUCACAGAAGCCAACCGCGUAGCAUUCGACGAAAGUGCCUCCACCUACGACACCAAACCCUGGCAAAAAGCCCUCUCGGCUCAAAUCAUCGAAGCCUUGCGUGCGAGGAGAGAAUGGAUUUCCCCCAUGCUUCUUGAUCCUGAAAGACGGGAUAAGAAGGAUGAGGAUGAUGAAAAACAAGUCAAAUUAUUGGAUUUUGCUGCUGGGACGGGGAAUGUGAGUCGAGCUUUGGAACCGUUCGUCACCCAAACCCGCGCAAUAGACCUCUCCCCCCAAAUGGUAUCCCUCUACAACACAGCCUUCCAAGGUUCCGGAACCUACGCCCUUUCCGGCGACCUCCUCGACCCCUCCGGUGUCCCCGAACAAUUCACCACACCCGAAUUCUCCAAUUUCGACCUGGCAGUCAUCGGUUUGGGAUUUCAUCAUUUCGAAAACCCAGCCCUGGCUCUCUCUCGCCUAGCCGAGCGAUYGAAAUCUUUGACAGGCGUGCUUGUUAUCGUGGAUUUUUUACCUUUUUCUCCUCAUAAUCACAACAACCACAACGAUGACAGUUCAGAAGAUAUGCAAAAAACAAUCGAACACCACGGUUUCUCCCCCGAAGAAUUACAAAAUCUCUUCACAACAGCAGGAUUCAUAGAUUUUGAAAUCUUGGCGUUGAAACAACCUGCCGUCAUGGAAAACAAGAGAGGGGAAAUGAUGGAGCGCAAGAUGUUCAUUGCCAAAGGAAGGAAAGCGGGGAGUGUGUGGGAGAGAGUCGGAGCUUGGAUGGGAGGGAUGCAGGAAUUGGUUGGGGGACAGAUGCAUGUGCAGAAGAGGGAUGGGGGACAGGGGUGGAAUCCUGGGGUUAAUAAACCGGUUGAGGGAGGAGGAAGUGGAGGGGAGACGGGGUGGAAUCCGGGCGUUAGACCGGCUGAGGGAGGAGGGAGUGGGGAGGCGUGGGAUAUGCUUGGGGGGAGUAGUGCGGGGAGGAGGCAAGUGGAGAGGGAGGAGAAGAAGCAUUGGAAUGGAUUUUGA